AACCGAGAUUUGUAUGCAGACGCAUAGCAUAAAUACGCGGUAUGGGACAUUAUAUCAUGUUCAUACAGCAACAUCAUAACUUUAAAAUGCAAUGGCGGUGGAAUGCAAUCAGGUCAUACACAUCCACAUAGAAUACUAAUACUUUAAAAACACUUCAGGUGUUACUAAAUAUGAUGGAUAAAGUUUGCAACAAUACGAUUUUAACGUAGCGAUUAAUAAAAAACGUGAGAAAUACAGUCUAGCCUGGUAAAAAAAAAAUCUCUAUCGCAUAGGGUCAAACCUCAGUGAUAUCUCUAUUGCUUUGAAAAAAUCAAGCAGUUUUAAAAAAAAAACAGCUGCCUGCUGUUCAUUCUCUCACCUGUAGAGUGAAACAAAGCCUCUUUAUCGAAACUCGUGAAGUUAAUCGUUGUUACUCUAUUUAAAAAUAAGUUUUAAAAAAUACUGAGAGAUUUGGUUAAAACUUUUACUUUUAUUUCCCAGAAAUGGGAGUUUCGGAGAACUUUUUUGUUAUUGGUCUUAUUUCGUUAAUAUUCAUCGCUUAAGGGUAAGACCUAGGCGUUGAGUACAAGCGAGCCAUUCGAUUUUUGCUCCGCUCGGACAGGAUACGUGCUUGGACUUUUUUCCGAGGACUUGGCCUUGUGUUGUUGAUCUACCGAAAAGGUGGCACAUAAUCCAAACAUGUCGAUCUUGGGCUUAAAGAAGAAACAACCAAAGACUUUUAAAGUCAAAGUUAUCACCAUGGAUGCAGAGAUGGAAUUCAGUUGUGAGGUGAAGUGGAAAGGGAAAGAUUUGUUUGAUCUGGUGUGCCGGACUAUUGGCCUGAGAGAGACCUGGUUUUUUGGGCUUAGGUAUACAUUAAAGGAUACCUAUGCAUGGCUAAAACCAGAGAAACGGGUUUUGGAUCAAGAUGUUCCAAAAGAGUUCCCAAUUACCUUUCACUUCCUGGCCAAGUUUUUUCCGGAGAAAGUGGAGGAGGAACUUGUUCAGGAAAUCACCCAGCACCUCUUCUUCCUGCAGGUUAAGAAGCAGAUAUUAGAUGAGGAAAUCUUCUGUUCUCCAGAAGCCUCUGUGCUAUUGGCAUCCUACGCAGUUCAAGCAAAGUACGGAGAUUAUGACCCAAACUUCCACAAGCCAGGGUUUUUGGCACAAGAUGAGCUGUUACCUAAGCGAGUUCUGAUGCAGUAUCAGAUGACACCAGACAUGUGGGAAGAGAAAAUAACUGCUUGGUAUGCAGAACACAGAGGAAUCCCCAGGGAUGAAGCUGAAAUGGAUUAUUUAAAAAUAGCUCAGGAUCUUGAGAUGUAUGGAGUCAGUUACUUUUCAAUCACACAAAACAAAAAGGACACUGAAUUGUUGCUUGGAGUUGAUGCCCAAGGUCUUCAUAUAUACAACCCCAACAGCAAACUGAAUCCCAACAAGUCCUUCCCUUGGAGUGGAAUCAGAAACAUAUCGUACAGUGAAAAGGAGUUCACAAUAAAACCAUUGGACAAAAAGAAAGAGGUUUUCAAAUUCUACUCCUCCCAGCUCCGAGUCAACAAACUGAUCUUGCAGCUGUGCAUUGGAAACCAUGACCUGUUUAUGAGGAGGAGAAAGGUGGACUCCAUCGAGGUCCAGCAGAUGAAAGCACAAGCCAAAGAAGAGAAGGCAAGAAAGAAGAUGGAGCGGCAGAUCUUGGCUCGGGAGAAGCAGAUGAGGGAGGAGGCAGAGAGGGCGAAGGAGGAGAUGGAGAGGCGGCUGUUCCAGAUCCAGGACGAGGCGCGUUUGGCGAACGAAGCGCUGAUCCGCUCCGAGGAAACGGCAGACCUUCUAGCGGAGAAGGCGCAGAUAGCCGAGGAAGAAGCCAAGCUUCUGGCGCACAAGGCUGCUGAGGCCGAGCAGGAGAGGCAGAGGCUGGAGGUCACAGCUUUGAAGACCAAGGAGGAGAAGAGGCUCAUGGAACAGAAGAUGAGGGAGGCAGAGCUGCUUGCAGUCAAGCUUGUUGAAGAGUCUGAGCGAAGAUCGAAGGAAGCAGAUCACCUCAAACAAGAUCUGAAUGAGGCAAAAGAUGCUGAACGAAGAGCCAAGCAGAAGCUGCUAGACAUUACUAAAACAACCUAUCCUCUUAUAGCGGCAUACUCCAGUCCCCCUCUACCUCUUCCUGCCGAUGGUGGUGGUCUCAAUCUGGAGACAGGAUCCAUCAGGAUCGAUUUCAAAGACACAGAUAUGAAACGGUUGUCUAUGGAGAUUGAGAGAGAAAGGCUGGAGUAUAUGGAGAAGAGCAAACACCUUCAGGACCAGCUGAAGGAACUGAAAUCCGAAAUUGAAUCCCUGAAGCUGGAAGAACAGCAAGCUGGGAUUUUCUCUCAUCGUGGAGAGACCAGGGCGUGUCCUGAACCUGCCUAUCUUCCCCAAAGUACUGUAAGUGCUGCUGCUGUAAUGCACACUAUCCUUGGUUCAAAACUCCAUCUUUAUCAUGACCCUGAAAACAGAUUGAGGUUUGUAUCAUGAGCUAUCUCAUGCAGAGCUGUAAUCUGGAAAAAAUAUGAAACCUUUUUUUAAAAUUGUUAGCUCCUCAUCCACUUCAGCCAUGACUGAUAGGCUUGAAUCCUGACACUGAUUAUUUUUUGUAGCCUGUACACCAGACAGAGUUUUGGGAUUCAACAAUCAGUUUCUACCUGUUUUCAUCAUUUUGGGACAUGGAUUUUAAUAAGUCUGUGAUACGACUGAAGAAUUUAAAAGAGUAAAUGUAGUUUUAAAUAUAAAUGCUGCAUGUUUAUUUUCUAGUUACUGUUAAAACACACUUGUUAGUGAACUGAAAAAGAACCUCUUGUAAUAACUGCAUGAAUCAUGUUCUUCAACCUGUGUUGAAUUUAAAUGAUGUCGGAAUGAGUACGACUGAGUUCCUGGUUUGUAAUUUUUGUGUACUGGUUUGUUGCUUUGACUUUAGGUCGGGCACUAUGAUUCAGAAGUUAUCUACAUUUGAAAACCCCAGGGAAGAUUAUGGGACAAAAACCUUAUUGAGGUGAUAAGCCAUGCUCUGUGUUCAGUGCUAUAUAAAUGGUGGCUGCUUUGAGAAUAAGCUCCUAUGCAAAGUUUUCCCAAAAAAUAAUAGUUAUCCUACUGUAUAAGCAGCAAAGCAGUUACUGAACUACAGUCUGCUUAUAUUUUCACAUUUAUUUUGGAAAGAGAUAAUUAAGGAUAAAGUGUUCCUCAAAAUAAGAGAGGAGGAUUUGGCCUGGAAUUUGCAAUAUUAAAAUAAACUGUCAUUUCUUAAUUCCAUGGUUUCAAGCUGAAACAAAAUCAAACAUAAUGCUUGAGAUCCAGAUUUACAACGUGUUACCAGUUUAAAUGCACAAAGACUGUCACUGCCGUCAGGUAAAAAAAAAAGUAAGGUCACAAAUGUUUGUUUAAAGUUAAUUGUCAAUCUAACAAACUGCCCCCAUAGAAUUAAUUAAUAUUUCUAAACUGACUCAUGGAUGUUUGAGUAUAGAAAUUCCUUAAAUCCUGCUAAAUUAAAAUGGUGGUAGCUAGAUAACCUACACAGGGCUUUCCAAGUGCUCACUAACUGACUUAAGACUUAAUUGCAGAGGAACUGUAAGAGCACAUUUAAAAAAUACUCUAGACAGUCUGCAUCGUGGAAAUGGCAGGAGCUUGGUUUUUGUCUGCGGGCUGUGGUAUAUUAACUGCUUUAAAGCAAUUUGGAGAGGUUGCCGCUGCAGAAGAUGUAUUGUCUUUGUGCAAAAGUGCCGUUUGGGGCUGGGAUGUGUGUUAAUUAGCUGCAGUUUAGGGUGGCGCUUUGCAGCAAGCCUAACAUUUGCUGUGCUUCCUGCUUGCUCAUCAGUGUUGCCAUCGUAAGUGAUGCUCAGUUUAACGAAACCUCACAAAGAAAACGUUAGUGCCUGUCAUUAUUUAUAACAGUAUAAUAUAUUUUAUAUGUAAUCUUGAGUGACCAGCCAUUUGUUUUUUUUUUCCUUUUCAAAGAUAUUUUUUAGACUUAAGACUGAGCAGUGCUUCACCCUUUUCUCUCUCAAGGAUGGCUUGCUUCUGAGGCUGCUAAGGUGUUUUGGUGUUAGGAAUUUUAGUUACCAUUCCAACCUUAUCACGGGAGACUCUUGUCAGAAGAAUUCAGCCUGAUCUCAGCAGGGACCUGGGAUACGAUCUGAAUUGAUCGGAGACGUGAAUGUUUAUGAAUUGUUGUUCCGGUUAAAAUUAAGUCUCUGAGCCAUAUUCAUCAAGGUUUUUGCACCAGUUGUGUUUUUUGACCACGUCUAUUAGAGAGGAAAAUGAAAAAUCAUUUUUGUGCAAAAAUGAAUGUUUCCUGACCAUUGAUCACAACCAUGUACUUUGAAGCAAAAGCCUCAUUGAAUAUGGCCACUCGUCAUUCAUCAUGGUCUUAUUCACUCACAAUCCAGACCUCCCCUGACUAGAUUUUUUUCCAGAUUCCAGUUACAUUGUUGCACUCAGUGCCAAAAUGCUGAUACCACAUGAGAUUCACAUGUAGUUUUAUUGUAUUAUUGGAGGGGUCAUUAAAAUGGGCGAAGAGCAUUACUAAAACUUGGCUUAUUUUAGAAAAACCUGUUUAAUGUGCCAAAUAAUUGCUUUAUUUGGCACGUUAAGAGAAGAGCUAACUUGAUUCCAAAGGCACUGAGUUUUCAUUGCAGGUUUGGAUGAGGUUUACUAGAGCAUAUAUGCAAUCCAUUAAAGCAAUAACAGUAAAUAUGUUUUCUUUUUCAGCGCAACUCAUCCUAUAUGGCUCAAAUGUCCUUCUUGGAGGAGGUCUAAAAACACAUUAAAUGGACUUGUGGGACAUAGUGCAGUCAGAAGCUCUAUAUUAUAAUUAUAUGGAGGAUUUGCAUAAACAUUAACUGACACUGACCAUUGAGAAAAGUUGAAUAUGCAUUUCUUGUAUUUAAUUUUUUAUAAAAGGAAAGCCCAGCUAGACUGGGUUAAUCUAGUAACUUUUCAUUUUGUUUACCACUACACUGUACAAGCAGAUGAUUUUUGCUGAUUUGUCCUCAUUAUGUUACUGUAUUGGGAACAUUUCCAAGCUAUUAUUCCAGACACUAAAAUGUGUGUGUGUGAACACAAGUGGAGUUUCUAAAUAGUUUUCAAGAAAAUGUUUUUAUCUUUGACAUAUAGUAACCAUGCAUUCUCCUUUUCAAGAAUCUAGAUUAUUAUUGGCUCAGAGAUAUUCACAUGUAUGAUUAGUUGAUAGCCAUUGCUUUACCAGAUCAAAUGUACAUUUGUUACGAGUUGUUCCUUUUUAACAAAGGCUCAGCUGAAGAUUGAAUUCGGUUAAGUAGGCUGUUAUCAGUUCUGCGAGCUGGGCAACACUGCCCUCUAGAGCCCAUUAAAGACCGUUCCAGUACAUGCUGGUCUGGAUCCAGUGCUUUACUUCAACCACGAAUUGUUCAUUGCUUUCACGUCUUCCCAUGCACAUGCUACUAUAAAAAAAAAAAAGGUUUUAAAGCUUAUUUUCUCACUUUCAUUUUAUUUUAAUGAAUGAUGUGUUAUCUUUAUAGGUCUUUAACUUUCAGUUUGCGCUGCAAUCUGUUUGAUCAUAGAAGGGAUGUAAGUGAGCAGUCCUUUUUGUAAUGUUCACACAACAUGGAAAACUUUAAUGUAGGACAAGUGGGCAUGGGUUAAGCAUAUGUCAAACUGGGAUGUUAAUAUGUAGCUAGCACACAACUGUCAUGCAACUGGGAUAAAACAGCUUUUCAGUUGACAUAAUAGCAGGGCUUAACAAGGGGCAAACAAUUAAAUCCCCAUGUACUCAGGAUUGAGAUCAAAUUCCAGUUUUCACCAGGUAUUUUUUUAAAACAUGCAUAAGUAGUAGAACUGAAGAGUGAGUUGUUUGAAUUAUUUUGCUGUUGUAUGGGUGUAUGGACCAUAGAGUCCAGUCAGUGUUUGUAUAUGACCUUAGUUUCCCACACACUACUACUUCUCCUAUGCAUUCCCAUAUUUAUUAUAUUUAUGUUUUCCACAACUACACUUUUUUUGAAAUGUCACUUUAAAAAUUCAUGUUUUAAUGAAUAACAACUUCAUGUUAGCAUAGGCUGAGAAAGUACCUCACGGGCUUUACAAUGUACUUUAAUGCUCUUUUUCUGAAAGACUUAUUGCUGCAUAUUUUCUUGAAGAACAGAUUUUAAACACUUUAUUGGUCUUAAUGAACAUGACAUCAUUACAGGGAGCUGUACCACACCACCUAUUUGUGACUAGGCAUUUUUUCUUGUUUGGUUUCUUUUACAGAAUAUGUAAAAAGGAGCACUGCCCAAUAUCAUGUGAUCUACUUUUGUUUUGUUCAAAUAAAAUGUGCCUUAAAGUUA